AUGGUAUCAGAGCUUUCAUGGUCGUGGAACCUGUUAAAGCACACAAAUAAUGAAGAGAAAUCCGCUGUGAGAAGAAGAGAAGAGAUGGAGACUGAAAACCGGAGAGAAGAAGAAGAAGAGGAAAGGAAAAGAAAAGAAGAGGUGGUGACAAGAGAGAGCACCAUGAACCUUCGCAAACGUAUUCACAUGUCGUACCACAAGAGGAAGGCUCCAAUAGAGAUGGAGGAGAUAAGAAAUCUACUCAAGUGGCAAUGGAGAAAGCGGAUGUGGAAUCAUUAUGGAAGGAGAAUUCUGAAACUUGAUGGAGAAGCCACCUGUUGA